UGAAUCUUUUCUCCAAUUCGAUAGCAUAUUAGAACAUUUUCCAUCAAAUAUACAUUGCCUUUACCCUUUUCAACACAACUUAUGAACAAUUGAACAUUGCGGAUAAUUUAACAAUUGACUGAACACAUGCAAAUUUUCUUAAAUUGACAUGAGCUUUACCUCCAAAACCCAACAACUCAUAGCUCUUCUCAGUUUUUGUUCUUCUCUGAAACAUGUUUUCCAAAUUCAUACUCAAAUCAUAAUCUCAGGACUAUCUCAACAAAAUUGCAUCCUCCUCAAAAUUGUCAACUUUUUUGCUUCUCAUACUCCCAUAAACUCAUCUUCUUACGCCGGUCUUCUCAUCAAACAAUCGCAAAAUUCGUCUAAUUCAUGGUGGAAUAUCCUCAUUAGGAAUUAUGCUACAGGUGAAUACUGUUCACAUAGUGAAGCCAUUCGGUUUUUUGUUGAAAUGCGGCGUUCUGGAGCUGCUUCUGAUGAAUUCACAUACCCUUUUCUCUUCAAGGCUUGUUCGUCUUUUUUGGGUUUGAAAGAAGGGAAACAGAUUCAUUGUGAUGUCAUCAAGAUGGGUAUUUGUAACAAUGUGUAUGUACAGAACACUUUGAUUCAUUUUUAUGGGUCUUGCAAGAAGAUUGUGGAUGCAUACAAGGUGUUUGAUGUAAUGUCGCUUAGAACUGUUGUUACUUGGAAUUCGAUAAUUUCGGCUUGUGUGGGAAGCUGUUGGUAUUAUGAUGCGAUUGAAAUUUUUCGUUUGAUGAGAAAAUGUGGGGUUCAACCGGACGAGACAACUAUGGUGAUUUUGCUUUCUGCUUGUGCUGAGUUGGGUGACUUGAUUUUAGGGAAAUGGAUUCAUUGUCAAGUGAUUGAGCAAGGCAUGUAUGUGAAUUGUCAAUUGGGAACUUCCCUUAUUGACAUGUAUGCUAAAUGUGGAGCAGUGGAUUAUGCUCGUUUGAUCUUCGAUAGGAUUGGUGAAAGAAAUGUGUGGACAUGGAGUGCGAUGAUUCUUGGAUUAGCUCAGCAUGGAUUUGCUGCACAAGCCUUGGAACUCUUUUCGAAAAUGAAGGAUUGUUCUGUGAAGCCUAAUUAUGUGUCCUUUCUUGGUGUGCUUUGUGCUUGUAGCCAUGUUGGGAUGGUAGAAGAAGGGCAUCGUUUGUUUCAAGGGAUGGAAAGUCUCCAUAGCAUCAAGCCUAUGAUGGCACAUUAUGGUGCCAUGGUAGAUAUCUUGAGUCGUGCUGGACGUCUGGAUGAAGCAUACAAAUUCAUAGUUGACAUGCCCAUUGAGGCUGAUGCAGUCAUAUGGAGGACUUUGCUCAGUGCAUGCCACAUUCAUGAUAUUAGCGACUAUACUGGAGUGGGAGAGAAGGUCAGAAAGAGGUUGCUUGGAUUGGAGCCUAAAAGGAAUGGGAAUUUGGUCAUGGUAGCAAAUAAGUAUGCUGAAACUGGAUUAUGGGAGAAAGCAGCAAAAUUGAGAAGAGGUAUGAAAGAGAGACGACUUAAGAAGACCGCUGGAGAAAGCUGUGUAUCAGUUUUUCAGAAUCGAUAGAGGUUGUUAUCGAGUUCCAACGUGCAGGAUGUUGGUGUGUGUCUGUCAUCUUAAUGAGAUUGCAUUAGAAGAUGUAUACUUGAGCAACCACCAUGACACUAUGUGUUCUAUGCUAUCAAACUGAAAUAUUAACAAAACAAAACAAAAAAAAAAAAAAACAGAAAUAUUAACCACCUUAUAUGAUUCAAGUUAUAAAUGGCAUGUCAGCUACACUAUCACUCACCUAAAGGCUGAAAGCCGAACAGAAAAUAAAGCAGAAGAAGCAGCUCCAGUAAUCCAUAAACUCAGUCCUCUCUAAUAUUUAUUGCUACAA